UCAACAUUUUGAUAUUUUAUUUCAAAUAUCUGAAAUGUGUAUCUUGAAAAUAUCUUUAAUAAGAUGUCAUCUAAAUGUCCACAAGACCUCAAUGUUUUCUAGGUAUUAUUUUAUUUUCUAAAGAUAAGAUGCUGUAUGGAAAUGAUAUGCUGAAAGUAUUCAUAUUCACGGUCUUAAAUACGAUCCCAAGAAGCUAUAUAGUUAUUUCUUUGGCUGGAUCAAAUCUCAGUACUAAUUAAGAUUGAACUUAAAUAUAAAAUAGGAUUAAGAUAUCAUCCUGUAAGACUAAGCAUUCAUAGAAGUCAUCUGAAAAUUUUGCGAAAGCAGGGAUCUAACAUCAAUAUCUAAUCCGCGUUUUACAAGAUAUAAUUACGAAUUGUUAAUUACAAGCGUUGAUUACAAUUGAAUCGCAUCCGGAAGUCGGAUAUGCAACGUGCAGCGAUAGCAUCAUGAUAAUUGUGGCAUGCUCUAAUUCACUUAAGAGAUACGCAACGCUUGCUUUUUCGGCAAUAUUAACUUGCUUUCCGCGUUUCACACUCUAAAACAUUAGUUACAAUUGUAAAGGCGACUUCAAUUAAAAUCCAAUCAGCAGAAAUAAAGCAAAAACUCUAACUUUUUUCUCUUUUUCAAAUUUUUCAUAUUAUAAAAUUGUCUUAUCUAAAAUUAAUUAUUUUAAUUAGUCUGUUUUGUGAAGAAAACAGGUUUGCAUCAUACUUUAAUUGGCGAUUACCAGAUAACAAGCUGACGUUAAUUAUCGUUAAUUUAUCUAAAUUAUAUUAAUUAUAAAUUAUAUUAUGUUUAUUACAAAUAUUUCUUUACAAUUGCUAACAUAAAUAAUUUGGAAAGCCAUAGAAAUUUGUAAAAAUGUCUUCCUUGAAAGAUUAUCUCGUUAUAUGCGGGCAGAUUCGACCUGGCUUCUUCUCCAUUGCAUCGAUUCGAAUGUCUGCUCGUCCGUGCGACUUCUCGUGACCGCGAAGACGAAAAAUGUGGCGCGUUCGCGGACUGUCAGUUUCGUAAGCGCAGGCUAAUUCGAUCGCGCUAUCCCUGAGGCGAGAUGAAAGUGCCUCCGCCGUGAUCCCCAGCGAGUUUAGUCCUUAUUACCUCGAGAGCCUGCGAGUUAUACGCAGGUGGGGUAUACAUGCAUGUGUACCCGCGGCUAGCGGGUCGCGUGAAGGGGGAUGCUGAAAUUCAUGCACGCGUCGGUGACCGCCGACGUUCUCCGUACGACCUGGAUCAGUUCCUGUAACCGCAUCCACGAGGCGCCUCGCGGAAUUCGGCUGGAUCCUGAAGUGUCUCGCGCGUGUUCGCCUUAAAAGAGAUCUUCCGGCUGUGCGGGUUUGCACCGUGUACCUGUCUCAUCGGGAUUCUACUUCAGGGUGUUGACGAACGAUUACGCGACGAUGACGAUGAUAACAGUGAUGUUGCUGUUUCUCACAGUGACUAUGGCCAGUUCCCUGCCACUUGCUAAUGUUCAUGUGAAAUUCGUGUCGCCUCCCGAUGUGUACGAGCACAGCAUUACAACAGACGGGGAUCGAACGAUAGCCCAGAACUCGUUCAUCUCGAUCGGUCGACGAAGCGCGGCGAAGCGUUCUAAGGAUCCCGAUUAUAAUUAUAGGACGAAUUUACGGCAAAAUCACUUACAGCAGGUAAUAAUGAGUUCAGGAAAUGCUGAGUCCUUGUGGCCAGCUGGCGUUUUCCUACCACCGAUUGAUGUCAAUGAUCUUGGAUAUAGCUGGCAGGAGGUGCGACGCGAACUUCCUGAUUUCUAUAAAUCACACGUUGUAGAACGAGACCCAUAUUUAUUGAUCAACUCUGAAGCAAUGAUGGCAGUUAAAUAUCUGUAUGGAUUAGGUGAGCUUUUCUUCAACGAUUACCCUCACGCAAGAGCGUUACUGCGAAAUCAAGAAGAAAGGAGGCUAAACGGUCUGCAUGGACACGUUCUGGGCAGUCUAAAUCCUAGGUCUCCAUUUCAUAGAAAAGAUAGGAAAGAGCGAAUAAUCUAAAAGUGAUAAAAGCGAUUUAUCACUCAAUAUGGAUUCGAAAAUUCGUACAUAAGCUUAAUUCUGCAGUACGUAAUAUUUUUUUUAUUAUAAAAUUUUCAAAAUUUUGUAUAUAAAUCUAUUGCAACAAAAUAUAACAAGUUAGGAACUGGAGUGUAUUUAUGUGGAGGGAGCAAAAAUGAUAUA